AUGUCCGUCGACAACGCCAGCGUCUUUCAGGAAGAAAUGCCAACUUUUCACCGGAAUUUCAAUUCGCCUUCGGCAGGUCUGAGUUUGAAGUUUUCCACGAGAACUUCGGCGCUUCUAGUGAUUACCGUCCUAUUAGCCCUCAUUACGGUGCUGGGGAACGCUUUAGUAGUCAUUGCUUUUGCUGUGGAUAAAAAUCUUCGGCAUCGGAGUAAUUAUCUCUUUCUUAGUCUGGCAAUUUCUGACUUCCUUGUGGGUGCCAUCUGCAUCCCUUUGUAUAUCCCGUACACCCUGAGGAAAACAUGGUCGUUCGGAAGAGAGCUCUGUAAAUUCUGGCUGGUUAUCGACUACCUCAGUUGCACGGCUUCAGCCUUUAACAUUGUCCUCAUCAGCUACGAUCGCUACCAGUCAGUCUAUAAUGCUGUGUCUUACUGGAACCACCAAGGUGCAACCGCCAGAGCCGUGGUCCAGUUGGCCGCAGUGUGGAUCUUAGCGUUCGCCGUGCACGGCCCUGCCAUUAUGUUCUGGGACUACGUCGUAGAGGUCGGCCCGGUUGUGAAUGGGACCUGCAGAGCCCAAUUCCACUCCAACUGGCACUUCCUCAUGUGUGUUUCCAUCUUGGACUUUGCGGUCCCAACCCUCUCCGUGGCUUACUUCAACACGCAGAUCUACCGGAGCAUCCGCAAGAGAAGCCAGAGGAGCGCGGCCGAAGACCCCGGCCCUCUCCCCGCCUCCUCCCCCACCUGCCUCGGGGGGCCGGCGAGGCUCGCUCACUUUUUGAGGUCAAUCCCGCUCGCGUUGGGGCAGCGGACGCAGACUCCUCAUCUGGACUCCGAGGGCCAAGAGGAGGGCCUUCGUCACUCCUCGGAAACCCAUUCCCCUUCUUUCGGAGCCCUUUCUCUGGCCCCUUCCCGGUGUGACACCAGAUCCCAUUUUAAACUGCUCAGGGACAGGAAGACGGCCCGGUCCCUGGCCGUUAUAUUGGUGGCUUUUGCCAUCUGCUGGGCUCCCUAUUCCCUGUUCACCAUCAUCCGUGCGGCCAGCAGGAAGCUUGAGUUUGACCCAUGGUACGAUUUCGUGUUUUGGCUCCAGUGGGUAAAUUCUUCUCUUAAUCCUUUCCUGUACCCACUUUGCCACAAGAAGUUUCGGAAAGCUUUUCUGAAAGUCCUGUCCUACAGACGGGUGGUCAACUCUGUCACUCCCAGAUAGAUUGAACGGAGGGAAGUUUAAUCUCACCCUGGCAAACUCAAUUCACUUCGGAGUACCGGAUCGCUUCUCAACUCUCCAGCCCAGCUCUAUCCAUUGCAAGGAGAUAUAAUGACUUUUCAUUCAUUCAGUCGUAUUUGUUGAGCGCUUACUGUAUGCAGAGACUUUUCAAAUUA